GCAGAAAAACAACAUCCUUUUAGGGCAUGUCCUCAGCUGAUCGUCAUGAAUUAGACUUUGAUGCAUUACAUCAUUUCCUACACUGCCCAAAUUAAUCAAGCUGAGUUGGGGAUUACAGAAGGUUUACACACGAUAGGAGCCCUGUGUACGCUAACACGUCUGGCUCACUACGUGAUCAAAAGAGUUUAUCCAACUGGUUUAGCAAAAUAAUGGGAUCAAUGAUGAUAGCAGCGAAAUACGACACAGGGUAAUGCGUUUUGCAGUCUGUAGCGUGUAUAAGGGGAACCACAAAACGGAAAGUUGCAUGACACGAAAUAAGUUUUUUUUUUCACGAUGUCGAGUCACGCGAACAACUUCCUGUUUACCUUAAGGCCGGGAUUUGUUGUCCAGGAAUAUAUUUGAGUUGCUCAAGUGGACUGGAACAAGCUACCAACAGGUGGUAGAUAUACAGAAGGCUGUCAGCCGGAUUGUUGCCCCAAGAGUGCAUACCGCUCUGGAAAUGAGGUCAAGAUCACUCUCCAUCCCUGCCUUCUUUGCCACCUCCUUGCCAGCACUUGACAGACAGCUCCAUGGAGGGCUUCCCUGUGGUACCAUCACAGAGAUCACAGGGCCUGCUGGCUGUGGUAAAACACAGUUCUGUAUAAUGCUUAGUAUUCUGGCCACCCUACCACAAGAUCAAGGGGGACUUGGAGCUAAUGUCAUUUAUAUUGAUACUGAGGCAGCCUUCAGUGCUACAAGAAUGGUAGAGAUGGCAGAAAAUCGUUUUCCUGGGCUAUUUGAAAACCAGAACUCCGUGCUCUCCCUAACAGAGAAAAUUCACGUCUUUUGGGAACCCACAUGCAAAGCACUUUGGGAACGAUUGCAAAGUCUCGAGGAAGAGGUAAUCUCAAGGAAAGUGAAGUUGAUAGUCCUGGAUUCAGUAGCAUCACUGAUUAGGAAAGAGUUCGAUAGUCAAUCGUCCCGGAAUAUCAAGGAGCGUACCAAUCUUCUCUCCAAAGAGGCCGCAAUACUCAAGUACAUUGCCGAAACUUUUAAUAUCCCCGUUGUGGUCACUAACCAGAUCACCUCGCGAUUCGCCCCAAGUAAGCACGUAACCGAGGCCGACAUCCCGGAUGUCGAUGGCGUGGAGGUUGAGGCUGACGAGGAGGGAUCUGAUCACGUGAUCGCCGCUUUGGGUAACACAUGGUCGCACGCGGUCAACACGCGGUUGAUUUUACAGUUCCUUGAUGAGACCUAUAGACAGGUCAUGAUUGCCAAAUCUCCCAUCGCCCCAUUUGACGUAUUCACGUACAGCAUCCAGAUCGAAGGGCUUCGUCUUCAUCACACGGAACCACAUACUGCUAAAGUGGUGAUUGACAGCCUAGUCCCAGGCGAUCUUUCCCGGGCUUCUAAUUGGGAUUCCUGGAUGGUGAGAAAUGUGACGUCACAUGAAACCAGCUCUCCAGCGCCUCACGCCUCGAGGAGAGCCACAGAAAUCCCAAACAGAUCCCCAGGGACUGGUGGGGCCCAGGAAUCCCGAACAGAUCCCCAGGGACUGGGGGACCACAGGGAUCCCGAACAGAUCCCCAGGGACUGGGGGACACAGGAAUCCCGGACAGAUCCCCAGGAACUGGGCUGAACACAGGAAUCCCGAACAGAUCCCCAGGGACUGGGGGACCACAGGAAUCCCAAAGAGAUCUCCAGGGACUGGGCUGAUGAAUGGGGGAUCAGGGGAGAACCGUUCGAUCUCAGGUGUGUCUGGUGAUCGAACGUAAGUCAUGUGUACGUGAUCCAAUGUGAGUGUGCACGUGAUCGAACGUGAGUGUGCUGACGUCGUCUCGCCAACAACGUCACCCAGCAAAGAUGGGAGUAAAUGUAACGUGAUUUUUGUGACCUACAAUCCCUAACUGGUUCAUAAUUAACUUAAAAA